AUGAUUCUAGGACCAAUCAAUGGAAUCGACUGUGUGGCAUUUGUUGUCUUUCUCAUUCCUCAACUACUUUACCAGGCAGACAUUCUUUUAGUGGCGACCGUGUCGCUCAGAGUAAUACCAUUUCUGGUCCUUCAACUUCCAUACCAGCUUGUACGUGAACGAUAUUUCACUAAGAGAGACCAACGAUCGCCCUUUACUCAACACGCCACCAUCUUUCAGGACAUAGUUGUCCGCUGUGUUCGAUACGCCUUUGCCAACAUCCCAGCGAGCGUGGGAAGAGUGUUCUUUUCCAAAUGGGUCGCCCAUCCCUUCUUCCGAUUCCGUCUGCUCCGGCACGGUUAUUUACGCUGCCCCAUGUUUUACCGGGAGGUUAUUAGACAUGGUGCGAAAGGUCUUUGGAUAGUUGAUGACCCGAGUUUGGAACCUGACAUCGUCAUUUACUAUUCUCAUGGAGGUGGGUUUUCCAUGGGUUCAGCGUAUUUCUACAUCGAGUUUCUCAUGGCCUGGGUAACUCGACUGAGGGACAGUGGAUUCCGCAACCCGGCUGUUUUUGCUUUGGAGUACGCUCUCGUCCCAGAGGCUCGGUGGCCAACGCAAUUCAAUGAAACUCGCGCUGGGUACACUUUUCUGCGAGAAACAUUUGGAGACGGUUCGGCAGCCAAGAUCUGUGUUAGUGGAGAUUCAGCAGGGGCCACGUUAAUUUUGAGUAUGUUGCUUCAACAGGAACCCCAUUUUCAAUCACUGCAUCGCCCAGGUCUGGCCAUAUUGCUCUCUCCCUGGACACAUCUCAUUUCGGACUUGAACCAGAACACGCCGAGUGACUAUCUGGAUAAAAACAGCCUGCAUCGGUAUGCAGAUCAAUAUGCAGGUGAAGCCGUGAAGUCCGACGAAGUGAUUUCGCCAGGAUUGAACACGGUGCACUGGAAACAGGCGUCACCAUUGAACGGCUAUCGAGUAUUGUACGGAGCGGAAGAAGUGUUUCGUCCUGGCAUCGAAGAAAUGAUCCAUCAUAUGAAGAACAACGGGGCUGUGGUGAAAACUCACCGGCGGGAAGCAGGCCUUCACGUCUGGCCGGUGGUGAACUUGUUCUUGGGCGAGAGCUCGGAAGAGCGACUGCAAGGAUUGGAUAUUAUGACGGAAUUCAUCAUGUCUUCGAGUCUGGCUUCAAAGGUGUAG